UGGAAAAGAGCUCUUCCACUGCCAUUUUUCGCGGGAGGCAGGAAACCAGAGGGGCUUCCUGGUAUUUCUGGUGGGAUAGACACCCUUCAAACGCAUCCGGCUGGCACUUCAGCUCGUUAUUUUUCUCUCUUUGACCCAAGCACGAAUACUCCUUUUUAUUCAGCGUAUAAAGUUACUCGCGAUCAAGCAGUUAGAAUUGGGACAUAUGGAAGAAAGGAUGUAAAUGGUAAAUGGAGAAACCCUCAAGGUAUGUAUUUAUAGAGAUUAUCUAUUUUACUGGAAAAUGUUUGAAAAUGAUGCAAGAUUUCACAGAAAAAAGGGAGUUCGGUCUCCUUAUGCUCAGACGGCCCCUAAAUCCGCCGAUGUUUCUCUUAAUAAACUGCUGCCGUAGUGAGCGAGCCUGAAGCGAGCGAACGAGGCAGCUCUCUAAUCGGCAAAAAAUCACAUUAUAGGGGCAUUGAAUCACGUUUUCUUGCCAAACGCAAGGAAUUGUGGUUAUGUGCGAAUGAAACAUUUAGGAUGCGCAAUGGACUCGCAAGGAAUUUUGGUUAUGCGCGAAUGAAACAUUUAGGAUGCGCAAUGGACUCGCAAGGAAUUUUGGUUAUGCGCGAAUGAAAUAUUUAGGAUGCGCAAUGGACUCGCAAGGAAUUUUGUUAAGUGCAAAUGGAAGAUUUGGGAUGCGCAGUAGACUCGCAAGGAAUUGUGGCUAUGCUCGAAUGGGAGAUUUAGAAUGCGCAGUGGAUUACCACGUGCUUUCUUCUUACACUGAUUUUCAACUGCAAUUUGAAUAAUUUGCAAUCUCGUUAAAGUAAGGCAACAACCGGUCUAAUUAGAAAACAAAAAAUCUUUGCACGUGCUGCAUACUUUUGCAGUUGGCCGACACUUGUCGACCGAGAAUCGAAAGCAUUCAUGAUAAAUUUAUCCUAGUCGAUGCCAAGGCAGAAUGAAAGAAAAGUUCGAAACCUCUAUAUAUUUAGGUUGGUUUUUUCGGAAAACAGAACAAGCUAAGACCAGCAAAAUAGCGUAGCAUAUGGACAAAGAAAUAGCAUCACUGCAUGGAGCAAGCAGCCGUUUAAUAUCUUAAAGUGACUUAUGUUACAAAAUUUAAGGCAAAUCUCUUAAUUAAAGUGCCGCUAAAUGAGGGUUUUCCAAAAUCGCUAAACAAACAUGUCGCCAAAAUUUCAUGUAAUGAGGUAAAAUAAAAUUGAAAAAGGUAACAUGACCUAUCGUUGUUCAUAGGUAAUCCUGAUGUCGACAAGGCUUACAAAGAAGCAAUCACAAAGGAUAAGAAACCACUAAGCAGAGGCCAUAUGAAUCCCUUGGGAAUAAACUCGUUUGAUUUGAACUUCAUGAAGGCUACAUUCACCCUUACCAAUGCAGUACCUCAGUUUCAAGCAUCAAACAGUGGCCCCUGGAAGGAUUUUGAGACAAAAAUACGAGAUUACGCGAAAAAAGUUUGUGGUCCGAGAAAUGGAACCUUGUAUCUCCUGACAGGAAGAUCUGAGAACGGCAUUAUACCCGAUCCUCAAAACCGUUACAAAGUUGUUCACGAUACUUCAUGCACCGUACCAAAGCCCUAUGUCAAGGAUAAAUUUCUCGGAGGUACAGUGAGACUUGAAACCCCUCGUUCUGUUUGGACAGCGGGCUGCUGUGUGUGGACGGAGCCUGGGAGGGUGUUUGGAAGGUUUUGGCCGGCGAAAAAAGCCCAGUCCUUCGCGGUAAUGAGCAACAACCAGAAGGAUGGAAACAAGCUGUACCAGACACAAAUGAGUGUGCGCCAACUUGAAGAACUCCUAAGGGCACCUUUUUUGCCGGAAACGGUAAAUUUGUUCCCAGGAGAUAAAAACUGCAGACGUCCUGCGAACCAUAAAAAGCUUAAGUAA